UCCUUAACCAUCCAUCCAUCCAUCCAUCCAUCCAUUCAUUCUCUUCUCCAACUCAAUUCCUCCUUCCUCUGGCGCCAUCGCCAACACCACCCACCACAAUGGCCUCCCCUCCUCCCUCUCCCCUCCCCACCCCCUCACCACCUCCGCCCGGACCUCCCCAAAUCCGCACCCCCGGUCCCCAUCCUCCCCACCCAACUCGCGCGCAUCUACUCCUUCCUCCACCCAGCCGCUCUCCUCUCCGUCUUCGCAGUCCGCUUCCCCGCCCUCGUCGCCGACCCGGUCUCCGAAAUGGCCCAGCAGAUUCCCCUCCUGGCUCUCGCGCAGGUCACCUACGCGAUGAUUUGUCUCCCGCCCGCCGGAUCGGAUGUCUCGGCCGCCGCUUCAUCGACACCUACUUCUCCUUCGAUAGCCUCUGGCUCCGCUGGAACACAAUCGGGGAAUGUGAUUCUUCGACCUGGGAAGGUUGGUCGGCGUCGCGUUAGGGAUGCCUCUGCUGCUGCUGGGAGUGGAAGUGGUGCGUGGGGAGCGAAAGUUGCGGCCUCCCUCCUCUCCCUAACCCUCACUACCCUCCUCGCAACACCCGUCCUCUCCAUCCUCCUCAUCCUCUUCGGUGCCCCCUUCACUACGCACCACGUCCAAACGCUUCUUUGUGCUGCCCAUAUGGCAAUUCUCUCCUCUACGGCAUUGAUCUACGUUCAUGGUGUUGAUGGUCCGGUUUGGAAGGAGGUCUGGGGAUGUAAGAGACCCGGUGAUGCGGUUUGGGGGGCGCUUUGGGUACGGCCGGAUCGGCCGUGGCAGGCGUAUCCGAUUACUCUUCUGACUGGGGCAUAUUUGGGGUCCGUUGUUGGGGCCAUGCUGGGACGGUCGGUGUUGUUUGGGAAACGGUUGCGGUUUGAUGAGGGUGAAGAGUUGGGAGGGAAGAAGGUUGAGUAAUUCAAUUCAUAUUCAUUUCAUCAAUUCAUCAGUUGUUGGUUUUCUUCAGGGGUAUGUGACAAAUGGUUAUAAUUCUGUAUGUAGCAUAUUGAUAAUCAAUGUCUAUCAUUCUAUAUAGUGCAGCCGGUGCAAAAAGGGAAUGGAUGUAUAUACAGUCGCCGUGCGAGCCACUCAUGCAACGCAAUUUCAUGCCGGAU